AUAUCAGUGUGAUUGAAGUCUCCCAUGAGAACCAGGGCCUGCGAUCUAGUAAUUUCUGUUAAUUGCCUGAAGAAACCUCAUCCCCCUGGUCCAGUGGUCUAAAGCAGAUUUCCACCAUGAUAUCACUCUUAAUCCAGAGACUCUCAGGUUUUUCUGAAGCUUCAUACUGGAGCUCUGAGCAGUCAUAGUGCUCUCUUAGGGGUUGGCUACUCUUGCGAGUUACAGCGCAAUAAAGGAACCCCCGGCACCCUAGCUCACUACCCAUCCACACUGGCAAGGCACCUAGAGCACUCUGUCUCCGCGGCUACAGUGCUGCUGGUAUUCCACCUUGGCGAGUGGAAUAACGUUUGCUGCGCCACCGCUGGAGUGCCGCAGCGCCAGUGUCCCACAAUGCCUGUUCUAGCCACUCUGGUCAUCACUUUGAACUCUACUGCCCUGCCCUCAGGUGACCAACUAUCAGACCCACCCUUUAAAUUCUCUGGGAAUUUUGAAAAUCCCCUUCCUGUUUGCUCAGCCAGGCGUGGAGUGCUCUCAGCAAAUCUUUCCAGGUGACCAUGGCUCCACGCACCAGGCGAUCCCCAGUAUGGAGCAGUGACAAGGUGCUGGACCUCAUCAAUGUUUGGGGGGGGAAGCUGUCCAGUCCCAGCUGUGCUCCAGCCAUAGGAAUUGCAAUACCUUCGAGCAGAUAUCAAGGGAUAUGAUGGAGAGGGGCCAUGACCGGGACGCACUGUAGUGCAGGGUUAAAGUGAAGGAGCUGUGGAAUGCCUACCGGAAAGCCCGCAAGGCAAACACUUGCUCUGGUGCUGCCCCUGCAACCUGCUGUUUCUACAAAGAGCUGGACACGAUACUUGAGGCCAACCCCACCUCCACUCUGAGUACUGCCAUGGACACUUCAGAGUCCAGUUCAACAAGGCGGGAGGAGGAGCAGCAAAGCGGGAGCGAGGGUGCUCCAGUGGAGGAAGACACCCUGAAUCCCUAGAUGCAUGCAGCCAGGAGCUGCUCUCAAGCCAGGAGGAAGGUAGCCAAUCGCGGCGGCCGGUGCUUGGGGAAGGACAAACAGGAGGAUCCUGAUGCAACCCUGAGAUCUCAGCCGUCGCUGUUAUCACCGGCCAAAAGACUUCAAAGAAUCAGAAAGAGGCCACAUAGAAGCAAGAGGACAUGCUACAUGAAGUCACGCAGCAUUCAACUAAUGAAAAUAAAAUAAAGUGCAGGAGUGGCGGGAGAGUGAAAGGAGGGCCUGCCAGCAGAAUGCGGAUCGUGAGCAUCAAAGCACAGAGCAGCUGAUAAGCAUCAUGGAGCGCCGAGCAGACUCGAUCCAGGCGCUCAUAGCCAUGUAGGCAGAGCACUACCACGCCUGCAGCCCUUGUCACAAAACUCUUUCCCUUGUGCCAGCAUGUCACCUCAAAACCAGUUUCCCCAACAUCUGGGUUCUUACCGCCACCCACUGCUUCCAACACUUGUAGCUUCACCACCCAGCCCUGAAAAGUACAACCCUUACCCACGGCACUCAACCCCCAUCACCAUGCAGUAUAGCCAUCCUGAAGUGCAGCCUGCAUUGCACAGCCCUCCAGACAGGCCAUAUGCAAAUCUGUGAUUGUACCAUUCCCUACCCCACCCCCUUGCCCUUUCUGUUUCCCAAGCAUUUGCUUCUUUUCAAUAAAUUUUUUUUUUUGGCUUUGAAAACAUUCUUUAUUAUUGCAUAAUGUAAAAGAAACCUUAGCCCAGGAAAGCAACAGGCAUUGCAAGUCAGUGUAUCAUACGUAGCAAACGCCUAUUCCUACCGUACUUCGCUCCCAUGCAGGGCACCACACCAGACGUUACUGUUGGCUUUCAGCCUCAGAUUGCUCCCUCAAGACAUCCCUAAUCCUUGCAGCCCCGCACUGCGCCCCUCUAAUAACCCUGCUCUCUGGCUGUUCAAAUUCAGUCUCCAGGUGUUGAACCUCCAAGUUCCAUGCCUGAGCGAGUCGUUCACCCUUCCCUUCACAAAUGUUACGGAGGGUACAGCACGCAGAUAUAACUGCAGGGAUGCUGUCAUCAGCCAGGUCCAGCUUCCCAUACAGCGAGUGCCAGCAGCCCUUUAAACGACCAAAAGCACACUCCACAGUCAUUCUGCACUGGCUCAGCCUGUUGUUGAACCGCUCCUUGCUGCUGUCAGGGCUCCCUGUAUAGGGUUUCAUGAGCCACGGCAUUAAAGGAUAAGCGGGGUCUCCAACGAUCGCAAUGGGCAUUUCAACUUCCCCUACAGUGAUCUUCUGGUCUGGGAAAAAAGUCCCGGCCUACAGCUUCUAGAACAGGCCAGUGUACUGAAAGAUGCAUGCGUCAUGCACCUUUCUGGGCCAGCCUGCGUUAAUGUCAAUGAAAGGCCAAUGGUGAUCCACAAGCGCUUUUAGAACCAUAGAGAAAUACCCCUUCCGAUUAACGUACUUGGAGGCUAGGUGGGCUGGUGCCAGAAUUGGAAUACGUGUGCCAUCUAUCGCUCCUCCACAGGGAAACCCAUUUGUGCAAAGCCAGCCACAAUGUCAUGCCCAUUACCUGGAGUCAUGGUUCUUUUGAGCAGGAUGCGAUUAUUGGCCCUGCAAACUUGCAUCAACACAAUUCCAAUGGUCGACUUCCCCACUCCAAACUGGUUAGCGACCGAUAGGUAGCUGUCUGAAGUUGCCAGCUUCCAGAUUGCAAUAGCCACCUGCUUCUCCACUGUCAGGGCAGCUCUCAAUCUUGUGUCCUUGAGCUGCAGGGUGGGGAUGAGCUCUUCACACAGUCCCAUGAAAGUGGCUUUUCUCACCUGAAAGUUCUGCAGCCACCACUCGUCAUCCCAGACUUGCAUGAUGAUGUGACCCGACCACUUGGUGCUUGUUUCCUGAGCCCCAAAGCGGCAUUCCAUGGUGGUGAUCAUGUCCAUGAAUGCCACAAGCUAACUUGUGUUGUUUGCAUUACUCUUGUUGAUAUCGUCGGAGUCCUUGCUGUCACUUUGGAUCAACUGCCAAACGUGACACACUGGCGAGACUCGUCAGCAUAUUCCUCAGCAGUUCAGGCUCCAUUCCCGCAGACCGAAAGAGAAGACAGAGCGUGCAGUACUAAAACUGUUGAAAGAUGGUGCCAAAUGUUGGAUGCUGGGAUGCGAACCGAUGCAUCACAGGCCGUUGGGAAAGAACCCAGAAUGCCCAGCACUUCCUGCCCCCUUCCCACAAGCUACAGUGCCAAAAUGGGAAGAGGUGCUCUGUGGGAUAGAUGCCCACAAUGCACUGCUCCCAAUGCUGCUGCAAGUGCUGCAAAAGUGGCCACACCAGUGCCCUUGCAGCUGUCAGUGUGGACAGACUACAGCUCUUUCCCUACUGUGCUGUAUGAAGGCGGAUUUAACACACAGCGCAUCUGCAAGUGUAGCCAUGCCCUUACAUUUGGUGCAACUCCCCCACCUUUUCUGCCCUGCCUGUCCUUCCUGAACAGUUUAUAUCCAUCCAUGACAGUACUCCAGUCAUGUGAGUUAUCCCACCAAGUCUGUUAUUCCAAUCAUAUCAUAAUUCCUUGUCUGUGUCAGGACUUCCAGUUUUCCCUGCUUGUUUCCCAGGUUUCCCUUUAGCAGGGUUUGGAGCCCUGGGAUGAAACAGGCAGAUUACCUGUUCCAUUCAUCACACAAAAAGCUGGUGCUGAUCAUGCUGGUUUUCUGCAGGGUCACAGUGGGAGCGUAACCUGCCUCAACUUCAGUAGCAACGGCAAGUACUUGGUGUCCUGUGCUGAUGACCGCACUGUCCGGAUCUGGAGCACCAAAGACUUCCUAGAGCGUGAACACCGCUGCAUGCGAGCCAAUGUGGAACUGGACCACGCUACACUGGUCUGCUUCAGCCCAGAUUCCAGAGCCUUCAUCACCUGGCUGGCAAACGGUGAGACCAUUCGUGUCUUUAAAAUGACCAAGAAGGAGGAUGGCAACUUCACUUUCACUGCAGCCAUUGAAGACUUCCCAAAAAAGCACAAAGCCCCCAUCAUCAACAUCGGAAUUGCCGAGACAGGGAAGUUCAUCAUGACAGCUUCCAGCGACACAACCAUCCUGAUCUGGGACCUGAAGGGUGAAGUCCUGGCCAACAUCAACACUAACCAGAUGAACAAUGCCUUUGCAGCUGUAUCUCCUUGUGGGCGGUUUGUAGCAUCAUGUGGUUUCACCCCUGAUGUGAAGGUAUGGGAGGUGUGCUUUGGCAAGGGAGGAGACUUCCGGGAGGUGACCAGGGCGUUUGAGCUGAAGGGCCAUACUGCUGGUGUGUACUCCUUCUCUUUCUCCAAUGACUCCAGACGGAUGGCAACCGUUUCGAAGGAUGGCACCUGGAAGCUGUGGGACACAGAUGUAGAAUACAAGAAGCAACAGGACCCUUAUCUGCUCCUGACAGGGAAGUGUGAAAUGAUGGAACUUUGUCGCAUUGCCCUGUCCCCUGACGCUCGCGUGCUGGCCAUCUCGAGCAGCACCAGCAUCACUGUGUACAACACCCGGAGGGGAGAGGAGGAGGAGCACUUUGUCAACGUCCAUGGAGAGUACAUCACGGACUUGGCCUUUGACAUUAACAGUCGCUACCUUGUGUCGUGUGGGGAUCGGGCCAUCCGGGUGUUCCACAACACAGCGGGUUACCGAGCUGUCGUGGAAGAAAUGAAAGGCAUGCUGAAAAAAGCUACUAACGAGGCUACCAGAGAGAGACUGCAGCAGCAGAUCACAGAUGCCCAGAAUGCGCUGGAUGGUAUCUAUGCCAAGAAGGACUAAAUCCCUCUGGGAACUGGGUAUGUGCAGACUCGUCCAGGUCAGGGAGCCUCAUGCACUGUGUGGUGGGUUUUUAAUAACUGAAUGAGUUGUAAUAAAAGAGUUUACUGACAGCCUCA